CUGUUACAGCGGUUACGGCGGUUAUCAACUAAGUACCGGACAGAGAAGAUUUACCCCACCAACGUAGGAGAGCGGGAGGAGAAUGUCAAGAAGAACAGAUACAAAGAUAUACUGCCCUUUGACCACACAAGAGUGAAGCUGGCAUUUAAAACAACAAAUCAGGACACAGAUUACAUCAAUGCGAACUUCAUCAAGGGUAUUGAUGGCCCAAAGGCCUACAUUGCAACUCAGGGUCCACUGCCAAACACUGUCAUUGACUUCUGGAGGAUGAUCUGGGAGUACAAAGUAGCUGUUAUUGUAAUGGCUUGUCGGGAAUUUGAGAUGGGAAGGAAAAAGUGUGAACGAUACUUCCCGCCAGGAGAGGAGGAGCCCAUGACUUUUGGUCCUUUCAGAAUCUCCUGUGAAUCUGAGCAGCGCAGAACAGACUACUAUGUCAGAAUUUUGAUAGUGCAGAACGAAACGGAAACUCGGAGGAUAACUCAGUUCCAUUAUAUGAACUGGCCCGAUCAUGACGUCCCCUCAUCAUUCGACUCCAUACUGGAUAUGAUUGGACUAAUGAGAGAAUAUCAAGACAACGAUGACAUCCCCAUAUGUGUGCAUUGCAGUGCAGGCUGUGGGAGGACGGGUGCAAUCUGUGCUAUUGACUACACAUGGAACCUCCUCAAAGCUGGGAAAAUUCCAGAGGAUUUUAACGUUUUCCGGUUGAUCCAAGAGAUGAGGACGCAGCGACACUCUGCCGUUCAAACAAAGGAGCAGUACGAGUUAGUUCAUAAAGCAAUUGCUCAGCUCUUUGAGAAACAACUGCUGCUACUGGAGAGUUCCGCCGACACGCAGAUACAUGAUGGCAUGGAUGAAAGCAGUCCUGACAAAGCAAGCCAUCCUUCAGACGAGGAGCGAUUGGACACACCUCCUCCCAAACCUCCCCGCAUACGCAGUUCCCAGACAGAAGGUGAUGUGAAGGAGGAGAUUCUCCAGCCUCCUGAGGCUCACCCGGUUCCCCCCAUCCUCACCCCGUCUCCCCCGUCAGCCUUCCCCACUGUCACAAAUGUUCGGCAGGACAACGACCGCUACCACCCCAAACCGGUCAUACACGUCCUGGCCACCGCGCAGCACAACGUGACGCAGAAAAAAGAUGCGGCCCUGCAGCAGAACGAUUCAGAACCCAAUCCGACUAAAGACGCCAGCCCCUCAGAGCAAAAGGAUCAGGACCUACUGAGCCGACAUCAGCAGACGCAGGUGUCAAACUUAGAUCUCAACGACAACUACAACAACAAAGUCUCCUCGACAUCGACGCAGUCCGAGUCAGGCAAAAGCCAGACGCAGACCCCCUCCUCGCCCAUCUCCCCCUCUGUUGAAUGUUUCGGUGCUUCUCGCAUUGAGAGGAAGCUCAGCAUCGAGAUUAAAAAGGUGCCGCUGCAGGAAGGACCUCGUAGCUUCGACACGUCUUCCUCGGUGGGCGUGGCGGGCGGAGGCGGGGCCAGUCCCAGCAACAACACCAGCAUGCUGCAGAGAGGCCACGCCUUCAAAGCCCGGUCCGGCCAGUCCCUGCUGACCUCCAGCUCCUCGCUGUCGGAGGACUCGGGCACAGAGGGAGGAGGAGGAGGAGCGGGGGGCUGCGGGGACAGCCAGCCGGACGGGGGUCCCCUAAUCAGACCAAACCACCUCCCUGUGAAGAGCGGGGAGAAGAUGGGCGCCAAGGAGGAGGACCGGGGGGACCUGAAGGCCGGCCACGCAGCCUGGACGCAGCCCUGCCACAGCCCGGAAAAGACAUUCCCCAAGACCUCCUCCUCUUCCUCCUCCUCAGACAGGGUUGCUCCUUCCUCCUCCUCCUCCUCCCACCUGUCCUCUUCCUCCUCAUCCUCCUCUUCCACUCCCGUUAGGACUGCGCUGAGUUUCACCAACCCCCUGCACUCGGAUAACUCGGAUGAGGAGGGGAAUGGAGAGCUGUCCGGGGGAAAGGACUGCUCUUUCACAAACGUGUCCACGGCCUCGGUAACCACAUCCCCUCAUCACGAAGCCCAGCAGCUGGUCAGAAAAGUGCUGCCCAUGGCCAUUGCAGGCCAGAAAUUUCCAUCAUCUUCUCCGACCACAGCAAACUGCUGGGACAGCGAUGACUCCCCUCCCCCCCUCCCUGAGAGAACCCCUGAGUCCUUCAUACUGGCCACAGACCCCCUGGACCUGAGAACGUCAGGCUCGGCAGAAUGGAGCAGUUUGCAGAAAGAUGAGUCAGAUUGUGUAAAGACAUCUGCCGCUGACCCUGGAUCUGCCGGCAGCACAGCGACAGACAACCAGGCAGAGCUUGGCGGGAUUCGGUAAUCGCUGCAUUCAGCGCAAGGGCCCUCAAGAACCCCCCCCCGGAGUGGACGUAAUGGACCGAUCCGUCUGCCUGUCCACGAAUGGCUCCUCUCUAACGAGGAACUAGACUGUACGGAUCUGACCAGGCUGAUCCAGAAACUAAAGCUGCACAUUUUCACAUAGAAGCUGCUUCUGUGUGACUCUGUGCUGACAUCCUCCUCCUCCUCCUCCUCCUCCUUCGUCCCGCCGUCAAAGUGCCACCACGCUAAGCAAAAGAACAACUCCAGGUCCAGAGGCUUGUCCAUUUCACAACAAAGCUUUCCCUCCUCGGCUUGCUGAUGUAAGAUGGCUUGACUUCUCUAGAUGCUGACCAGGGAUCAGUCUUUCCCUGCCAUUCGUUCAAGGAUACUUUUUUUUUGCAGUAGACAAAGAGAGGGCCUCGUUUUUCUUCUUCUCCACUUUUUCCCCUUUUGACACUCAAUAAAGAAGGAUCUAAAGUGACUCCUGAACUUUGUUUCAAGCCAAAUGAGAAGAAAGUUAUAGAAAAAAAAAAAAACUACAGUGGGAGGUGGAUUUCGGAGGUUUAACCGAACUCCCAGAGGUUGAAUGCUGCCUCCCGCUGAACCGACAACAAUCUUCAAAGCGAAUUUAGAUAAUCUGCUGCCCAUGAUGCAACCUUUUCAGUUGGGUAUGUGGAGGUUGCCAGGGCGCUGUCUGUGUCUCUUUGUAUUUCUGUGUCCGUUCGUCCCUCUUUCUAUGUGCUGGUGCUACAUUACUAAAGAUCAGCAUAGAAACAGACACUCUGGAGCUAUCUGUUGCCAACGUUAACCUGUUCUCACCUCCGUUAGGUCUCCCCUCACCAGCUCUAGUAGCUCAUGUUUCUAUGCUCCUCUGUCAGAGUCAUAAGCUAACAUGGUUUGGUCAUUGCAGUGUUCAGUAACUGUAAUCAUUUCCUCUCUUCGGGCUAAAAAUGCUGCUAGAGUAGGUGGUUACUAUUCAUUGGUUAAGUUUACUCACUGUUGCUUUUAGUUUGACAUUUAUGUGAAGAGCAUUAACAGCCUUCUCAUUAAAGUCCACAGGAAACAAAAAGAUAAGUGCUUCAUUUUCUUAAAAAUCCUGGACAUUUGCUUUAAAUAUCUGCUGAGUCUGCAACAUUAUUGGUCCCACAAUGUUUUUUAGAAGCAUAGUUGAACGCAGAAAUUGUUUUAGAAUUAGUUUUUUUGUGGCUUUCCAUCCCAAAGAAUAGUCUUUUAAAUGGUCAUACAAUGUCAAACAAAACUAUUAAAAUCAAAAAGAACUGAAUGUGUUUAUUUGAAAGAUGGCUGAUCUUUCUACAGCAUGUUAAUUAGGGCCAGGAGCUUCAAAUCAGAAGUAGUCUGAAGGCAUUACCGACACCAGUAAUGGCCAAACUGAUCAGUUCUAUGACUCUGGUUCUCACUGCUGGGACCAUGAUCCUGCCUUAGUCCACCUCUCAGAGAAGACGUCAGUUAAAGCCUUUCAUUUUUCUGCUUCCUUUUGCUUCUGGCUUCUCUCAGUCUUCACGUCCCGCUUAUGUUCGCUGUUUACUUCUCCUCCUUCCUCUGCUUUUUUCCCCCCCGUCUGUCUGUUCUCACUCCCCUUCCUGUUAUCGAGGCCCUCUGAACGACCAUGAAAGUUUUCAUUACAGCUUCUCACGGCAAACCUCAGUGUUUCGGAGUAUGAAUGUUACACCUGAAACGCUUGAAAUCUGGAACUUGACAGAUUGAAACUAAACCUCCAGCCCGCCUCCACGAAUCAAACUAGUUUGGUUUCUUUUUGUUGAACAGCUCGCUGCUCUUAACCUGCUUCUGUGUGUGUGAGGCAUUGAUUUAAACCCACGACAGCAGCUAAGGACCCCAGGACUACUGUUUUCUACUUAUUGUUGACGUCUCCUGCAUUAGCUACCAUAACGACACAGUAUAUGCAUUGUUUUAUAAAGAUAAAGAACUGUACAGGGCAGUUUACGUAUAUGAUGUUUCAAAUUUCUUUUUGCUAUCUCUUAAAUAUUCCUAUUAACAGAAGAUGUAAGAAAGUCCGUGCAUGAUGAUGAUGAUUCCUCCCCCACACAGUGUUUUCCCUCAAAGUGUAAAUUAUUCUGCUACCCUUUUGUUUUUGCAUCUGGCAAAUAUAUCAGGGUUGUUUUUAAAUUUAUGUUAGAACUAUGUGCUUAAUAGGUUGAUAAAAUGUUUUUAGUUGGCUGGCGGUGGAGAAGCAUAUGCUGUCAGCUGGCCCCCUCCGAUGACUACAGUGGGCUCAGAUUAAGAUUGUAAUAAUAAUAUGAUGAUGAUAAUAAUAAUAAUGGUCUUUUUUUUCUUUUGUAAAUGGUAUUUUAAAGGUUAUUUUUGUAUACGCGGUUGUUUUAUGCGUCACUGCCCCUCCCCACCCAGACCUCCACUCAUCUCUUAUCUCAUAAGCUCUUUCGACGUCCUCAUCUUUUAAAAUCUCUCAUUUUCCCCCGAUAUUUUUCCCCCACCAACAUGCUACUAAGAUGGAGCCAAUGCUCCAAACGAAGCGGAGCUUUUUUGGUCUUUUUCUUUUUUAGCCAUGCUCUUUUUUUAGCCGCCACCCCUCAAUUGUUUACAUCUUUCAUCUUUCCCCACUCCAUCCGUUUUUAAAAAAGCUGUCAUUUUCCAGUGCUCCUACCUGUCAACAUUUCCAACUAGUUGGCACUUCAAAGUACCAGGAUGCACCCACAAUAGGAGAGGCGGCCUUCAGCUUUAGGAUUUUACCUUGUUUUUGUUUACCCCUCCCUCCAUGCAUCCACACACACUCAAGCAAGCCUCGAUCUCUGAAAAGAGCCCGUCUGUGCCUUUAAGAGAGCCCGCCCUGCUCCCCUCACCUUUCCACUCUCCUCCAAUCACCAUUAACAUCGAGCGCGAAAGAGACGUGAUUUGCUGCUGCUUGCCCUUCACCUUGUGUGGGACUCUCACCCAGCCAUGCCCCUGGCCACAGAAACACACAAACGCACGAAAAGAAAAAAAAAUGUUUGUAUGUUGCAGAAAUCAAUCAGUAAAAACGAACAUUAAGUAAAGAUGUGGCUUCCUCCUCUUUGUGGAUCUACCAAAACGUUGGUGGAGGCGUGCGCACGGUCACUUUUUUUUUUUUUGCACACAGAAUCCGAAUCUUGUGAUAGUGCUCAGAAAUGAACUUGUGAACUUCUCUCCAGUGUGAGUGG